ACACAAAAAUAAGCAAGUCAAUAAAUAAUGCAUUGGACGUUGAAGUCAAUUUUGCACAGUGGGUAAUUAACGUUGAUCCAGGAACGUAUAAAUUUGUCAUUCAUGACAUCGAGAAUGAUGUUUUCUGUUCGUCUGGUACAUUCACUGUUAAAUUCGUGUCUUCAACAUAUCCACCUUCCUUAGAUUCGCCAACUUCUCCACCUCAAAUAUCUCAAAUACCUCAGAUCUCUCAAAUUUCUCAAACACCUCAGAUCUCUCAAAUUUCUCAAAUAUCUCAGGUCUCUCAAAUAUCACAAACAAUAACUACAAGUUAUUCCUCUACUAUAACUACAGUUCAAACUCGUUCUCUGCCCACCACACCUCCUUUUAAAACUGAUUCAGUCGAUCCGGGAAUUAAUCCUGUUCAUACUGGCACAAGUAAUUCAAAUAAAUCUGUGAAUAUUUUGGGGUUUAUUGGUAUAACGGCUGGUGUAAUUGGUGGAAUUAUGUUAAUAGCGACUGGAUCCAUAAUGAUAGCUAGGAGAAGAAGUCUUUAA